AUGGACAACCAGACAUUCAGAUACAGCAUACUCUUAGUGGAAGGACUGAAUAUUACAACUCAAUCCAGCUAUUUCGCAUUUGUCAUCCUUUUGAUGGCUUACAUAUUUAUAAUGGUAUCUAACCUUUGGAUUUUGAUUCAGAUCUCAGCAGAAAAAGGCUUACACCAGCCCAUGUACAUUAUUUACUGCAACUUGCCACUCAAAGAUGUUAUAGGAACCACUGUUAUUGUGCCUCGUUUGUUGAGGGAUCUUGUAACAAACCCAUCUGAACGCUACAUCACAUAUGUGGAGUGUGUUUUUCAAGCUUUUUUUAUACAUAUGAAUGGGACAGCAUGCCACACUAUUCUAAUGAUUAUGGCCUUCGACAGAUAUGUGGCCAUAUGCAAUCCACUGCGAUACACUGCUGUAAUGAGCAAUAAUUUGGUGAUUAAAUUGUCAGCUGGAGCUUGGGGUACUGCAUUAGUGAUGGUGGGAAUUUUGAUCACCCUCAGUGUGCGCCUGUCCCACUGCAGAUCUGUGAUUCAAAACCACGUUUGCGAUAAUGCUUCACUAUUUAAACUUUCUUGUGAAAAUACAGUGAUAAAUAAUGUAUAUGGAUUAUCUUUUACUGUAGUUUUAUUAGUCUCUUCAAUGGGAAGUGUAGUACUAACUUAUCUCAGAAUUGCAAUUGUAUGCUUAACCAGCAAGAACAAAGCAACAAACAAAAAAGCCAUAAAAACAUGCUGCACUCACUUGACACUUUACUCAGUUAUGUUAGUCUCUGGAUUUGUUUCAAUUUUUCUCCACCGUUUUUCUGAAUACUCUGACAAUAGAAGAAUAGCAGGUAUAGUUUUCAGUGUUGUGCCACCAGGAUUGAAUCCCAUAAUAUAUGGUUUACAAGUCAAGGAAAUUAGACAGAAUUUGUUCAAGUUUUUAAAAAAUAAAGUUAAUUCUAUGUGA